UCUUUCUCUCUCUAAUUUGAAUUCUUCUUCCACUCGUGCCUGCUUUCUUAUUUAUUGCAGUAAUCAUGUUGCGGAAGCGGUCUCACCAACCAAAAUAUUAAUCAUUUCACCAUCUCACCUUGACCCAACCCUUCCUUUGGGGUUGAUUCUCUCUCUAAUGGGCUUUUGAUCAAACCAUCAUUUCAGGACUGCUGGUGGUUGGUCGUACAAGCAUGGGAUCUAGUAAUCCAUUCUUUGAUGAUAUACGGAGCAGAUCUGGUGUUGAUCCUCCUCAAAAUGAUGAGUCAACAGAAAUUAGUGAACAUGUGAAUGAUCCUACACAGAUUGCUCUUAAACCUAAUGGGACUGUUUCUAGCAGUGUUCGUGAGCUUUUAGAGUGCCCUGUGUGCUUGAAUGCGAUGUACCCUCCAAUACACCAGUGUUCAAAUGGUCACACUUUAUGCUCUGGUUGCAAACCUAGAGUCCAUGACCGGUGCCCUACAUGUCGCCAUGAGCUUGGCAAUAUCAGAUGUCUGGCAUUGGAGAAGGUGGCUGCAUCUUUAGAACUUCCCUGUAAAUAUCAGGGUUUUGGGUGCAUGGGAAUAUACCCAUAUUACAGCAAGCUAAAACAUGAAUCGCAAUGUGCAUUUAGACCUUAUAACUGUCCAUAUGCCGGUUCAGAAUGCGAUGUUUUGGGUGAUAUACCUUACCUGGUGGCCCAUCUAAAAGACGAUCAUAAAGUGGACAUGCACAAUGGUUGCACUUUUAAUCAUCGCUACGUCAAGUCAAAUCCACAAGAAGUUGAAAAUGCCACAUGGAUGCUAACGGUUUUCAGUUGCUUUGGUCAGUAUUUUUGUCUACAUUUUGAAGCUUUUCAACUAGGAAUGGCUCCUGUCUACAUAGCAUUUUUGCGGUUUAUGGGUGAUGAUAAUGAGGCAAAGAACUAUACCUACAGUCUCGAGGUGGGUGGAAAUGGGAGGAAGAUGGUCUGGCAGGGGGUGCCUAGAAGCAUUAGGGAUAGCCACCGCAAGGUUCGCGACAGUUUUGACGGUCUCAUCAUUCAGAGGAACAUGGCUCUCUUCUUUUCAGGGGGUGACCGGAAGGAAUUGAAGCUAAGAGUUACGGGGAGGAUUUGGAAAGAACAGUAACUGAAGGUGUUCUUUCUUCAUCUAGCCAUUGUAUUAAACAGAAUAGUUUGUAGUGGUUUGAAUCUUCUGGUCCAUGUAUUUCUUUUUGUUCAAUUUAGGAGGCAAUAUCUCUUUGCUUACCUUUACAUCAAAUACAUGAACAGGAAGGUGUAACUCUUAUCAUUAUGAUAUUUUUGAAUAUAGAUGUAGAACCUUAGCGU